CAAACGAUUUAUCAUAAACUGUAAUUUCCUGUGGGAAAUAACUUAAUCCAGAGCUUACUCGUUACGAACUUGUAUAACAAUCAAUAAUUGAGUUUAGGCAUAAAUCCUAUUUUACUUAGUUAUAACUUAUAAGUAUCUUAUUGACCCACAUUUCAGUUACUUGAGUAUUAUUGAACGUUAUUUUGUCGUUUAAACUUAGUGUAGUUCAUAGAAAAUUGUUUUGAACACAAUCAAUAGGUAUCUAUCCUUUCUUUUUUCUAGAUACUGAAAAGCAAGUUUUACGGUUAAGUUAAAAUACCAAUAGUACAAAAUAUGUAAGAUUCAGCAUAUACUGCACAACAAACAUGUUACACUUAGGUUUUAUCAUCGUCCUGGUGAUCUAUACAGUAGCUGUGAGAUAAGUUCGGCUCUAACCUAACAUUAUAGGUUAGGUUUCUUCCGCAGUAGAUAUGUCCCAUAAAUAGCUUGCUCACAUAGCACUCCAAAAAUGGCGAUGUAUUCCAGAAGCGCUGAGGUUGCGGUAUUUCCAAAUUUGGGAGGAAACCUGAUUCCAUCAGAAGUUUUCAUUGCCUAAUUUGUUCGUGUAAGAAACAUUGACAUUGUCUUGAAUAACGUGUCUUACACUCUCUAAGAUAUGGCUUGGUGUAAACACCUUUACCAGUACUACACAUGUUUCAUCUUGUUCGUAGCUCACUUGAAUUUGAAACUUGAAGUUCUAACUUGUUAGGCUUAAGGAAACGUUAAGUUGAAAAUAUUAAAAUGCUCAAAUUUUAGGCGUCUGCAAUGCAAUUAUUGAGCUGAGAGUGUUCUCUGUGCUGCAAGUUGGUUUUGUGGAUAACACGAGAGUCUGGUAAAGAAAGUUGACUUUUUUUUCCAAAGAUGAUGGUCGUUGAUUGCGUGUUUAAGAGACACACUACAUUGUGUGGUACUGAUGUCUGAGGGUGUAGAGCGACCUUUGACCAGAUUAAACAGUAGUUCAAGUGAUCAGAGAAUAGAAACUAUUUGUCAAGAAGAAAUAUUAUCUAGUGGGGAAGGCACAAGUGAUAUAGAAGCACACUGCCAAAAUGCUGAAGAUAAAACCAGCAUGGUUGCUUUACAUCCUGAGUUUAGCACUGGUUUUACUAAGCUGAGGUCCUUACUUGAAUCCCCUGACAGAAAAAUGACUGUCAAACAGUCAGAGACCAAUGAUAAGGAAGACUUGCAGUUUAGAGGGGAAAACAGCAAUACUUCUGCAUCUGAAACAAUUCCAAGUGAACUUCAGCUUGGACCAGAUUUUGGCUACUCACAAAGAUAUUUUCACAUUUCUGAUGGAAAUUUGUACAGUGUUUUUUCCCCCCUUCAAGGAAGAAGCUAUGGUGUAACCCCCUCUUUUCUUCGUAAGCGAGGAUAUGCAAUUAGAGGUUCCCGUGGCAAAGGGAGAAGAAAUCAGCGUAGAGGACUCAAAUUUCACAACUUCAUUCCAUCUGAAAGUAUCACGUCAGAGAGAGAUGAAAAAACUGCUGAUGAUGUUUGGAAGGUCCAUGCUGAAUGUAGACUACGAGAAGAACAUGGAUCAAAACAAAUAAUGGUGUCCCAUUGGUCUCUUUCUUCUAGUAGUCCAUCAGGUACAAAUCCUGUUCCCUCUAAUUUACCUUCUAGUCUUUCCUCUUCAGAUGGAGCUACUUCAGAAGAAAGUAGGGAGUUUUCUUAUGAACAAAAGCCACAGGAACAUUCAAUGACAUCCAAAAACAGAGAAAACUUGAAUAACAUUUAUUCUACACCAGAGCCUCAGAGUUCACCUCAUUCAUUGCCACUUCUCUCAUGUAGAUCUAGUCAUGGGACAUCAUCAGUUGUUGAUAAAAUUCUUUUUCAUAAGCUCUUAAAAAAAGACUUGGAAGACUCUCAAAAUUUUAUUCCUGUGUAUAAGGAAACAUCUGUGGAAAACAUGCCGAUGUGCAAACAAAACAGUCUUUCAGAUUCUGUGGUUAAUGUGUCAAAUCAGAAUACUCAGGGUGUGAAGAGUGAUGCAAAUUACUCAGAAUUAAAACCUUCAGUUGGGGAAGGUAUUGGGAAGAAUGUUUUUCAUGAAGGUGAAGAGGAAGACAUAGUUUCAGAAAGAAAGCACAAACGUAAGCCGCUUCACACAAGAAGAGUAGUUCCUUAUUUCAGAUAUCUUUCCAUGAUUGAAGGUAAUCAAGAUGUUCCAUUAGAUCUCUCCUGUAAACAAAAACCUAACUGUGAUAACACAUGUUUUGUAAAUAACUCUAGUUCUGUCACCAGGAAAUUAAAUACAUUAGAAAAGCAUAUGCCCCCUUUUUUGCCAAUUUCUAGAAUUCCAUCUCAACAUGCGGGAAACAGUAAGUCGUCUACUUCAUUUGGAAAAAUAAUGCCAAAUAAUACCCAUCUAACUUAUCCAUUAGGUGUUAAAAAUAAAAAGAUGCAUCUUGGAAAAACACCUUCCUCCAGAGUUAAAGAAGUAGAACUUUCAAAAGAGGAAGAUGUUACCCCAACAUCAUUGCCUUAUAUUUAUACAGUAGAGGAUCUAGUCAACCAAACAGAUUUACCUGUGAUCUCUCUUCCUUCUCUAUCAGAUGUACAACCCAGUAACUCAUUUUUAGCAUCAUCUCUCCAUAACAGCUUAUGUAACAAACCUGGUAAUACAGACCAAUUAGCACAUAGCAUUGUAGAAAUACAAGGAUCACCAUAUGGUGCCUUGCCAGCAAAUCAGUCAUCUUCAUCACUGCCUUCUGGUGCAAGUAAUAUUUUCACAUCUAGUGCCUCUUCAUUUAAUAAUUUAUUAUCUUUGCCAUCAACUUCAACAUCACAACCCAACACCCAUUUCAUGUGUCAGGAAACAGCAUUAAGGUCCAACUUUCGUCUUCCAAAAAAUCCUCGAAAAGCCAGUCAGCGCACCAUCAUCAAACAAAAACUGGAAGAUGCUUUCCGGCAGAAUGGAUUCUUGGUCCAAACUAAGCAGGUCUCAGACGGUGAUGCAACAUUUUGUAAGUUUCGUCAGCUUCGGAAAUACACAAGGUAUUACUUGAAAAGCUGGCAUCAGCAUCUUCCAGAUGAAGUUCACAAGUUGUGGAAAGGUUUUCUUCCACCCAAGACUGCCUUACCCCAUACAACUGUGGGCACAAGAGGUGAGCCAGCCACUGUUGUAUGCCCCACUAACUCCAGUAAGGAUAAACAAAUGGAUGAAAAACAUGGCCAGAGCUGACCUGAAAAACAUCUAGUGUAUAGUAAUGUGCUAACUCAAUAUCUUGUACUGGUAAAAGAUGCAUAAACAUUUCAUUUUGAACUGUGUGUAGCUAUUUCUCGUUAGUAGCACAUGCUGUUUAACCAUGCACUUCACAUUUCUUUUAGUUUUUGCUCUAGGCAGUAUUUUAAGGUUUGACAUGUGUCAAAAUUUUGUUCGACUGGUUAGAAAGUAGAAAAACUACAUACAUAAUUUUUUGUAUACUUACCAUUAUUUAACAGUUUUAUACAGCAAGCAAUUAAAGGAUAAGCAGCAAAAUUGCUACCAGUUUGAAGAAAAAUUUAUCACAAUUGAAAUUUUAUUUUUUCAUUUCAUGAACUUUUAUUUUAUGGCAUUCUUUGAUGAUUGAUAUACAUAGUACUACAAUAGAUGUAAAUAGUUAUACUUGGAACCAUUCGUUAUAAUAAUGUGUGAGAAAUAUUCAUUUUGACAAAAAAAAUGUACUUGUUAUGUAAGAUUAUCUCCUAGUAGAGAUGUUUUAUGGAAAAUUAUCCAUUGGAAAUUUGUUUCUAAUUCUUCUUGUUCUUAAACUUGGAUUUAUUGCAUAUUUAAUAUUUCAACACCCCAAAAUAUUGCUUGUCACAAAUUACGUGUUAAGACUUUUUUUUUAAUUGUCAGUAACAUUUUCAUUUAGGGACUUUGCUUUAAAUAGAAUUACAAGACAUAGUCAUAAUUAGAAUAGGAGGGAUGAUUUUUCUCUGUUUGUUUUAUAGAGUAUUCCUUGUUUGUUUCUAUUGCACUUUUUUUAGUACUUAUGAAAAAUUGUAACAAAAAUAUACAGCUUAAAACCAUUAACAAUCACUAUCCACAAGUUCCAAAUUUCCACUCUAUUUUGCUAUAGCAUCAUUCAGAUUCACUGUCUUCAUUCUCACUGAUUUCUUCCUAAUUUUUGCUGACUCCAUUUCAGCUAAUGUUCAUAGUUGUUGCUGCCAGAUUUUACUCUCUAUUGUCAAUCCACACUGUUGUCUUUUUCUGUUACCACUGUCCAGAGCCUCAUCUUGGGGGGUUUGGAAUUAUAGUGCACAGUAAUAAGGUUAGCUGUUUGCUUCAUAAGGUUAAUAAGGUUAGCUGUGAAUGGUAUUGCUUUAGAUAUUUGUUAAUACAUUACUGAAAGACACCAGUUGUGUUUGCUAGCAGCUGUGGUAAGUUGAAAAUUUAAUACUUGCAUUGUAACUUUAGAUAACUGCUGAACAUCCAUAGAAUCCUUUUGACCAUUUUCAGGUGCAGUGAUGCUAGCUGACUUCCAUAGAACUUUUCUGUUUUAUAAUUUGUGCCCAGUUUUGUAUUUAGCCAAACUAUUUAAAUAACCACUAAGUCUAUGUUGAGAAUAUACUUAGCUACCAUUAUGGUCAUCUUGACAUCAGUACUUUGGGUCUGAACAUGAUGAAAGCAAAAGUCGUAGUGACUGAAAAUUUUUAUCAUCAAGCAUUGAUCUGCUGCUGCCGACAAGGGUGAUUAAUUGCCUGUAAUAUUUGUUUACAGUGCUUCCUCAUCUUCUUGAAGAUAGAUACUACUUUAGACAACAUUGGUUUGUCACCAUCAAGCUUUGUGUUAGCCUAUGAGAUUGUGUGCAACUGAUCCCACAGUCCACUCGCUUAAAUCCAUAUACAUCUAAUGCGCUGUAGAUAUUUCUUACAUUUUUUAAAAAUGUAUCCUCAUUUAAAUGGCAUUCAUAGGGAAAAUGUGUUUACAAAAAUGUGCUCUUGACAAUCACCUUGAAAUUGAUUUGAUGGCUUGGAUAAUCUUGCAGUUUUUCAGACUCUUCAGUAAAACAAUAUAACAGUCCACGAUUCUGAAAGAAACUUUACAUGAGACUAGUAACUUAUCAGUGAAUAGAUUCAUAUACCUACUAUAAAUUUUUUAUGGUGAAAUACAUGGUCAUACUCUUCUAGAUAAUUCUCAGCCAAUCAUCUUUCUUUCUGGAAUGUUUUAACCAAUCCUUGUAAUGAAGUUCGGGCCAUCCAUUUUUUUAGACCUCUCUUGAAUGAUUAAUUCUCUUCUGAAGCAUGUUGUAAUAAAGUGAGAUUGCAAUAAUCUAAACAAUAAGGCAAGUACAGUAGCCAUAUCAUCAAAAGCCUUUUAAAAAUGAUGUGUUUAAUGACAAAAUUUGAUGGUUUUUAUGCUUAUAAAAAUGUUUCAUACAUGUUGGUGGGUGUAUUUAUUUUCAAUUAGCCUUUGAUGCAAAUACAAAAUGGGGAAUAAAACUACUAGGAUUGCACCAACAGCAUCUGUGAUUUGUUCCUUCUAAUAUUUUACAUAUAACUGCCCAUUUUGUACCAACAGAAUGACUUACAAAUGAGAUUGAAUCAUGCUUUGCCAAGGAUGUAAUUUUAAUGUGUAUUUUUGAAUGAUUUUGAGAUUUUCCUACAUUUUGAGGAACAAAUAUUUGGCUUUUAGAAUAAAGUAACGUUACUUUUUCAUCAUAAUUUCAACAAUAUAAGUAUUAAAUCUAUACAUCAUUUGAGUUAGCUAUUCUAGUUCCCAAUUAAAAAUUAUCUUAGUACCAUAUUCAUCGAAUCUUUAUCAAGAAAAGACUUGCACAAACUAUUGUGUAAUAAACUUUCAGUUUACACUGUUCUUUUAGUAUACUAGCUGAUAUAUUUCUGAUAUUCUGCAUGGUUGGUAUCAUUUUGAAAGUUGAAUAAAUGCUGACAAGCAUGUGAAAUACUUGUAUAUAUCUUCAGUAUUUAAAAUAUCUGAGUGACAGAUUGUUUCAGUGCCUAUGCUAAAAUGAUUAGUAUAUAUUCCUGAUUAUUUUGCACUGUUCACACGUAGAUCAGUUACUGGACAUUAAUGUAUUUUACCUAUGUAUUACUCUGUUUUCUGAAUAAUACUGAUAAAGAAUAUUGAACAUUAUCCUUUAUUACUUAACAAGUGCCAACUAGGUUUAAAAUAGAUUUAAGGUAAAUGUUGUAUCUAAAACCCAUUUUACAUUUUUGGUACUGGGGGUUAAUAUGACAAAAAAAAAUCAACUAAAGUUAGAAAACAUUUACACACACUUAUUAUUAUUUAACAAAUGAGGGUGUAAAAUAGAAUAAGCUUAUUUGAUAUACCAUAGGUAGAACGUAUUGAGUCUGUUAAUCAACAUUGCUUAUUCUGUUGCAUAUUCUCCCUAAUUUACCUUCUGCCAUUAUUAUUAUACAUGUAAAUCAUUAUGGAGCUGCCAUUUUUUCCAUAUCUAGAUUAUUAGUACAUAUUUUUUGUAUCAGUAAAUAACAUUAAAUAUAUUCUAUUUAUUAUUCU